UUCAAUUUCCAAGUAGAGCUUUUGGUGACUUCUUAUCCAACUCUAUUUUUUGAUUGUCCUUAACUUGUAGCACGACUAGUGUUGCCGAUUAGCUUACAUUUUCUCAUAACCUAUUAGCACUGUAAUAUGCCAAUUUUAGAGAAACGCAAUAUAAAAAAAGUUAGCAGAAAAUCGGUUUCCUAAAUUACUGUAUUUUAUUAUUGCAAAUAUUUUUCUGAACGCUUUUCAAAUGUGAUAAAUGGACGCUCAGUGACAAUGUUAAGGGUGAUGAUGCCAAAAUAUUGAACGCCGAAUUGUGAGAUAUAUGGAGGAUUAUUUUUGUAGCUGUAGUUUUCAGCGUCAAAAAUAAGUACCUCUAAGUAAAAAUUCGUAUAUAUAGUAGUUUUUCGUUUAUAAUUUUUUAAAUUCUUUACAUAAGCAUUGUUUCUAAACAAGCAGUAUUUGCCGUCUUCUUCGUAUCAUGCGGAUAUUUUUUUAAUGGCAAACGAAAUGUGGAGAUAUAUUUCUCAAUUAUGAAAUAUCAUUAGUUUCAAAUCCAUCUAAGAUUGGUCAAAAGCGAUAUUUCUAUUUUGUUUUUAAUGUAAUAUAGAUAGAUUGUGGCCUUCAAAGAACAUCAUAAAAUUCUUAAAUUUUCAAGUUUUUAAUUGCAACCAAUUUUUAGAAUAUAAUAUAAAUUGUGCGAAUACUGACAGAGAGAAAAUGUGAGCGGCAACACGGAAACUGGCUUUACAAAAGCGACGUGUAUAAAACGUAACUGUGUUAAAGAGUUGUUUUUGCAGCCGUAGUUUUAAUAUCGGUGAUGAGUGCUUUCGUUGUUCUUAUAAAAUAAAAACAUAAAUAACAGCGGGUAAAUACGUGCAUUAAUACAAAUUUAUAUAAAAAGUAAUUCGAAUAUAUUCGAAUACAUUCUGAAAACAACUACAAUCACGUGAAAAGUGACCAAAGCAAUCUGAAAAUAAAAUAUUGAUUUUAUUGUUCGUUUUAUUAUUACCGUUGGCCAAACAAUUCGCGCGGUCUCGGUCUUCCAAACAGUCUCGUACUCUUUAAACUUGCCCUCCCUCUCAUUUCUCAUCUGCUUUCUUCUGUAUGCCUGACUAUUUUUCCUCUUUACAACCCAACAAACCAAAUCGUGCCAAUAAUUUUUACUGUUUGCAGAAAGUUUUUACAUCUUGUGUACAUUAUAGAGAUUUAGAAUUUCGUAUAUAUAUGUUGAACUUUGGUAAGACACAUUCUUACCAAUGCUUUCCCUUGUUCAAAUGAAAUUCCGCGCAUUAUUGGUACUUUUAUCAAAAGUAUGGACGUGCAUCUGUUUUAUGUUCAAUCGUCAAGUCAGAGCUUUUGUCCAGUAUCAACCUGUCAAAUAUGAAUUGUUUCCGCUGUCUCCGGUUUCGCGGCAUCGGCUCAGUAUUGUGCAUCGGAAAACGCUCGUUUUGGAUUUAGACGAAACGCUGAUUCAUUCACAUCAUAAUGCGAUGCCCAGAAAUACAGUCAAGCCCGGGACGCCACAUGAUUUCACAGUAAAAGUGACCAUCGAUCGUCAUCCGGUACGAUUUUUUGUGCAUAAAAGGCCUCAUGUCGACUUCUUUUUGGAUGUUGUGUCUCAAUGGUACGAUCUAGUGGUCUUUACCGCCAGUAUGGAAAUUUAUGGCGCCGCUGUUGCCGAUAAAUUAGACAAUGGUCGUAAUAUAUUAAGACGUCGCUUCUAUCGUCAACAUUGUACGCCAGAUUAUGGUUCAUAUACCAAAGAUUUAACAGCGAUUUGUAACGAUUUGAAUAGAAUAUUUAUUAUUGACAAUUCACCGGCCGCAUAUCGUUGUUUUCCCCACAAUGCUAUACCCAUUAAAAGUUGGUUCUCCGAUCCAACGGAUGUGGCGCUAUUAUCAUUGCUUCCUAUGUUGGAUGCCCUUAGAUUUACGAACGAUGUGCGUUCAGUCCUAUCACGAAAUCUACAUUUACACGGUUUAUGGUAGCAGAUCAACAAAUUAAAAAUUUGGUGCUGUGACACUUGAACGAAUUUGUUUAUGAUUUCAUUAUACUUGUAUUGUUUUAUAUAAAAAAAAAAAAAAAAAAAAAAAAAAAAUAUGCUAAGAGUUAUAACAACAGCUACAAAGAACACAAAAAGUAAAUCAUAAUGACUAAGGCAAAGAAAAAUUAAAAACAUUAAAAACUGACGUAAACGGAGAAGCUGAAGUAACAUUUUCGGUAAUGAAGAAAUGGAGAUAUGAAGAUGAAGGCAAACGCGAAAGCGAAAGCGAAGGCAAAGAUGAAAACGAAUGAAUUCUUCCUUCCUGUCUUUACUGGGAUUGAAGUGAAGGAUUGCGAAGGUAUAUGAUUAUUAAAUAUUAAUAAAUAAACUGACGGUACACGUUAUAAUUGUUAUUUAACAAAAUCAAUUGUGAAAAUUUUGUAAUUUUUUAAACGCCAUUUCAAAGACACCAUUGUAAACUUCUUCGAUGAUUGCUGGUAGGCGAGCAAGUUCGGUGUUCUUUUUAUUUUUUUUUUAUUUUUUUUAUUUUUUUUAAAUAUAUAUUAUAUGUUUAUAUAAGUACAUCAUACAUUAUGAAUUAUUUCUCUAAUUAAAUAUUUAUAUCAUUUAAGUUCUAUUUACCUUUCGGAAAAAAAAA